AUGACGAGUGACGCGGAGAUCGGGGUGUGGGUGGACGGCGUGCAGAAGUGGGUGACGGGGGUGACGCGAAGAACCACCUGCCAUGACGUCAUCAAGGCGCUUCUCCGGGCGCAGAGCGUGCGCGCGGAGGACAGUGACGUCAUGCAAUACGUUAUCGUGGAGAGAUGGCGCAAAGUGGAGCGGCCUCUGGACCACGAGCAGAGAAUACUCAAGGUGUGGCGGACGUGGGGCGAGGCCGUGGGCGAGGUGCGGUUCUCCCUGCGGAAGAUGCGCGACGGCGAGGCGGCGGGCGGCGCGGGCAGCAACGGCCGCGCGGAGAGGAGCCGCCGCCGACACAGGAUGCGGAACGUCCAUGGCUCCAAGGAGGCGCUCAACCCCAAGAAGCUGGCCAAGGACGACCCCAAGUUCAGCGAGACGAUGGAGCGGCUGAUGCGGCUGGUGGUGGCCCAGGGCGAGACCAUCCAGACCCAGUUGCGGCGCCUGCAGGAGCGGGAGUGCCAGAUCGAGCAAUACGAGCAGCAGAUGCACCUCCUUCGCGUCCAGAACCUCGGCAGGGAUUAUCUGUUGCAUUCCUACCUCAAGGACGACAGCUGCGAGACCAAGGACGAGCCCGGGAGCGAGGAGAAGAGCAACGACUCGGGUGUGGUGACGGAGGAGGCGGCGCAGACGCUGGAGGCCAUGACGCCGGAGGAGGAGGCAGCCACGUCGUCAGAGCUGGAAGAGUUGCAGCAGAUCGCGGCGCAGCUGACGAGGAUCGAAGACCUGAACAACCGCCUGCUGCACGAGGAGGAGACCAUGUCGGGGAUGACCACCGCCGUGCAGGCCGCUCACGAGCAACACAAAGACGAGGCCGAGCUACUGCAGCAGGAGCUGGUCUGCGUCGCGCACGUGCACGCGCAGCUGGUUGCGGACGUGCGGCAAAACGAGCAGAGACUGCGGGAAACCGAGGCGAUGCUGUGGCAGCAGCGCAAGCAGCUGGAGAUGUUGUUACAGGAGGAGACUGAGUCCGACCGAGAGACGCAGGCUCUGAGAGAACACCUGGACUACAUCAUCCACCUUCCUCCCACGGCCUUUCGCCUCCCCGCGGACCCCCCUCUUCCCCAGGUGCAAGCCCCUCCCACAGCCUCCACCACCGCGACCACAGUCGCCAGUGCCACGCCGAGAGUCCCUCCUGUAAAUAGUGCCAGCGCGCCUGUCGCAGUGGCACCGCCCUCCACAAAGCUUAAUAAUAAGACCAGCAAAAAUAACCCGACGUCAGAGGACAAGGACGUCCCACCUCCUUUGCCCGCGUGUCCUCCGCCCAUAGACGAGGAGGAGGACGAGGACGACGGGGACUCAGCUAAAAACAGCAGUCUCUGCGUGAGCUCGCGGUCCAGCACCUCGUCUGAAGCCUCGACGAGUAGUAACACGAGCGGGUUUGGCAGCAAGACCCCCAGCACCUCAGCACCAAAGUCCUCCUCCUCCUCUUCCUCCACGUCGUUACCCUCGUCCUCACUCCCUUCCUCCACCAAAGCCAGUGAAGGAGGAGGGAAAGACACAGACUCGACAGACUCGAAUUCAGACACAGGGCUAAGUUCCCUCCACAGUAGUAGUGACGAGGGAGUUUAUGUGCUGGAUACUCUUGUCUGAAAGUGAAAGAGAAAGAAAGAAAGAAAAAAAAUAUAUAUAUAUAUUCACCCUUAUAUGUGCAGCGAACAUUUAGACAAUUAUAGACACAAAAUACUUGAUAUUUAUCACAAGGUUGAGUUAUGUGAAUGUAAAAGAUUUUCUGACAGACAAUGCUGUCACUGCAACAGGAACACUAUACAUGGAUAUAUGUGUAAGUUUAUGUGAUCUCAAUGUAAAUGUGUAUGGCGUGGUCUUGUCAAUAUUUGAUGAAACUUAUGCAAAACCAGUGAAGUGAGUUAUCUCACAGUGAAAUGUGUACUGAAGAACAAUUAAUAACAUCUAUAGACAGUAAUGCACUGGAUGUUUUAUAAGUAUAUAUAUUGCUAUGUAGAUGUAUGUGCAACAAAGUCUUCAGUGUCGUAUUUUAUCAUCAACUGAGAUUAGAGUCUAUCACAGAGUAUAUAUUUCCUAGAUAUUCCUUGGUGCCUUUGGAGAGAGGUUCACCGUCAGCUCAGUGUCGAAGCUUUAUUGUGAGUUUUAAGAAAUGGUCUUAGAUAUUCAGGUGAUCUUGAGUCUAAUGCAAGAAUUCCAACAUUUAUUUCUUAAAAAGGACAGCACGUCUUUUCAAAAAUGGCUUUAUUCCAAUUCUCUUAAAAAAAAAAGAAAGGAAGUUUCAACAUUAGAGUCAAAGUUGCCUGUUCCACCUUAUUCAUGUGUACAUAUUGAUGAUCUUUGUAGACUCACUUCCUUUACUUGAUGGUGCGUGUCAAGUAUGUCUAAAGCAAGGUCAGUGCUCUACAAGGCUGUGAAUCUAUAAACUCAGUGAUUCUUUGACAUCAGGGAUGUUCAUCAAGCAUUUUUUCAUCAGUCCAAGAAAUAAGUAUAUAUUAUAUAUAAAUAAAUAGGAAAAAACAAAUUUGGACUUUUCCCUUCCACUAUUAGGCCAGGCCUUUACACCUUAAGUGCAGAUCAUACAAAUCAAACAUAACACGAAUUCACUCUUGUUUACUCUAUGGAAUGCAGCCUGAUUUCCUGGUCAAGCUGGUGAUAUCUGCUUGAGUUUGGUUCAGUCUAUUUUAUAAGAGUUUGUUUACAUAUGAUCAAUAUUUUCCCAACAUGAUUAUAAUUGUUAUUACUUUUCUUUAUUGCGUGAUUUAUUUUCAAACGUCAUUUUACAGAGUAAAAUCAGUACUGGUUGUUUAAAAAAUAUAUACCUUAAUAAUCACUAAGAGAAUAUCCAAAUCCAACAGCAUUCAAUUACAAAUAGUGUUCAAUCAGAGUUAGGUAACACUCAUUAAUAGCUGGUGUAAAUUCUGCUUAUUUUAAGGAAGUAUCUCAUUUUCGCUGUAUUUUAUAACUCGACGUCAUCCUUCCAACUGCCCUAUUGAAAUAUGAAGGUUGGACCUUACUAGUUCGCGAAUAUUGUGGCCAGAUAGGUUCCUAAUUGGUAGAUAUACUCCGAACCAGUAAAGCUUUGGAUAAAAAACAAAACAAAAUACGGCACACUUAGAGACAAAAUAUCAAACCAGGGUAAUGUAUCAGCAACCACUGUACAUGCCCUGGUAGAUGUAAAUAAGGGGGGGGGGGGUAGUGGCAACACACCGAGUCAGGUGGUGGUCAUGCAAACUGGAUGACCACCAGAUUCAAGCAACCUUCCCGAACCAUCGAAGUUGCCGUUUCUGUGAAUGCCGGAUUAGUGAGGUUCAACCGGAAGUAUAUUCUGCAUUUUCUACAUUUCAUAAAUGUGAUCAUAGCACAAGUCCUUAUUGAUUUACACUCAUUUCAUGUGCAUUUGUAAGGUUUCUUGUGAACUGCUUCAUCUCACUCAAAGAAUGGAAUAGAUUCUAUUUUACUACACAACCGUAAUACCUUGAUGUCGUAAACCUUUCGAGUAUUAUCACUAUUAGCUAUCACUGAGCUUGUCAUAAUAAGGAUAUUUUAUCAUGCAAUAGAAGAAGUACUUUGAAACUGCAGAGGAGUUUGGUGUGGCGCAUGAUAUAUGUAUGGCCAGUAGUCACAGCUUGCAGGAUUUAUGUGAGUCUUCGUUUCCUUCUGAUAGUUGAUAGUUGACAAGAUGACUGAUGCCCACUUCAAGAAUACACCUUUCAUGUACCGAGUUGAAGUUCUGUUAUUGUGGAUUAUCAGGGAGGGUAAAAGUCAUAAUAUCUAAUUAAAUUGUGUUGUUGAGAUAAUUGUAAAACCUUUACGGAUGUGCAUUGAUGUGGACGAGUAUUACCAUCAGUAUUGUUAUAAGUUUUUUGAAUUCACGUUUUGCCAAUAUCAUUAGAUAUUCAUAUUAUUUAUCAUAUUUUGGUUAAAGAAAUUGUAGCUUUCAUUUAUUAUUUUUUCAAUGUCAAACAGUUUUAAGUUGCAGAAGGUCCAUAGAUCCUUUUUUUUAAAUAGUAGUCAUAUGCAGUUUAAGCAUUUUCUCCUUUAUUUUGAACAGAACAGAUAAUCCAUGAUAAGUAUCAAUAGAAACAUAUUCAACUCCUCAGUGCCUACUUUGUGGUAAAAGAAAACACUGGCCUUCUGCUCUGAUGGCGUACAUACAGUCUUGAAAAAAGCUGAAUCCGUGGUAUAUAUCUUUAAAAAAAUAUCUCAUAUUCACUACACUGCAUGUACACGUCAUCACCGAUAGCAAAGCAGUGUGACACAUUUAGACGUCGUAAACCUACUGUCUGAAUGCCUCUGGACCCUAGUGUGUUCAGGUGACGUGACCGAGACGACCCCCACCCCCUUCCUUCUGCCUCUGCAUUCGCAUGUGAUUCCAGUGUGACCCCAGUGCCUUCAAUCAUCAGUAUUUUGUGUCUUCAGUUGCAUCUUGGUACAAAUGUGAAUAUGAUCUAAAACCAAUGAUGUUGAUAAUACUAUUUUUUAUGAAUAGUGAUUACGUAUGAUGUACAUAUUGUGUAGAGAUUUUAUAACUUGUGUAUAUAUGAUCCUAUCAAUAAUAAAUUUUACUUAUGGAUUUU